AUGGUUCUCAACAUCACUCAGCAGCUCAUCGCUAGGUACCAGUUAAAUGUCGUGUUGUUCCCAUUCCAAAAACCAGACUCAACACAACCUCCCCUGUUCAGCCCUCCUCAGCUCCCCAGCAUCGCUGACACAGUGCCCGAGCCCAGUGCCAGAUCACCAGAACAUGUUUCCAGGAGCCAAGACAAGAUCUGGUUUCAAGACCUGACAGUUAUUCAGGCCCCAUCAGUAUUCAGGUCCGGAUCUCUGGUUCUGACCUCAAAGUUCUCCCCAGCCAGACGGGGAAGAGGGAAGCCGGUGAAGAGGAAGCCGGUGAAGCGGAAGCCGGUGAAGGGGAAGCCGGUGAAGAGGAAGCCGGUGAAGGGGAAGCCGGUGAAGGGGAAGCCGGUGAAGGGGAAGCCGGUGAAGAGGAAGCCGGUGAAGAGGAAGCCGGUGAAGGGGAAGCCGGUGAAGGGGAAGCCGGUGAAGAGGAAGCCGGUGAAGAUGAAGCCGGUGAAAGGAAGCCGGUGA